AUGGCUACUACUGAUAAGAGAGCAGGAGCUGAAAUUGUAAGAGGAAAGGAAGCUUGUGAACGAUUUUCGGCAGAGCUGAUGAAAGAACUUGGAUUCCCUAGCGGUGUCCUUCCCACUGGAGAGCUGGUGGAAUGUGGGAGGGUGAGAGGCACGGGUUUCGUGUGGUGGAAAUGUAAGGCAGCUUAUGAGCAUUUCAAUGUUGCGACCAACACCAAGAACAGCUAUGCCGCUGAGACAACGGCGAUUGUAGAGAAGGGGAGGAUGAAGAAGAUGACGGGUUGCAAGGCUACGCAGAUGAUGGUGUGGGUUCCCAUAGUGGAAAUGUACAUUGAUGGCAACAAGAUCUCUUUCAAGUCAUCCAUGGGGGUUGGCAAGUCCUUCCCUAUCAUCUCUUUUAUGAAUGAAGAAGAAAAGAAGGCUUAUCUCCAAUAA